CGCCAUGUUCCGUGGCAAGAUGAGCACAAAGGAAGUGGACGAGCAGAUGCUGAACGUGCAGAACAAGAAUUCUUCCUACUUCGUUGAGUGGAUCCCCAACAAUGUGAAAUCAACGGUCUGUGAUAUCCCACCUACUGGUCUGAAGAUGGCUUCCACUUUCAUUGGGAACUCAACAUCGAUCCAAGAGAUGUUCAGGCGUGUGAGUGAGCAGUUCACUGCUAUGUUCAGGAGGAAGGCUUUCUUGCAUUGGUACACUGGUGAAGGAAUGGACGAGAUGGAGUUCACCGAGGCAGAGAGUAACAUGAACGAUCUUGUGUCGGAGUACCAGCAGUACCAAGACGCUACUGCAGAUGAAGAAGGUGAGUACGAGGACGAGGAAGAGGGAGAAUACCAACAAGAGGAGGAGUACUGA